AUGUCUCCUUCAGAAGAAAUGUCCAAAGUAGACGGUGACACUCUACCCUCAUCCCAUGUCGAAAACGCACAGGGUUACGGCUCCCGAAACCCUCUCCUCCACGACCUCGAUGGCCUAACCCUCUACGAGAAGAAAUGCGUCCUCAUCAACCGCGAGAUCGACGCCCAAGGAAUGGGCAAAUACCAGUGGUACAUCUGGGGUCUCUGCGGCUUCGGGUAUCUCCUUGAUCUCCUCUGGGCCCAGGCUUUUGGUCUCGUGCUUGGACCGUUGCAGCAAGAGUUGGGCUUUGGAGAUAACGAGUCGGGGAAUAUCUCGACGAGCUUUAAUGCUGGGCUUACGGCGGGGGCUUUUGUUUGGGGGUUUUUGGCGGAUAUUAUUGCAUUUGUCGGCUUUGGUGUCGGAGGAAAUAUUCCAAUCGACACGACAAUUACUCUCGAGUUUAUUCCCCAGAACAAACGCUUCCUCUUGGCCUGUUUGUCCGUCUUCCAACCAAUUGGAGUCGUCCUCUGCAGUGCCAUCGCCUUUGGAUUCAUCCCAGUCUACGCAUGCUCCCCCAACUUCUCCGAGCCUGACCCUCUGGUAUCAUGCAACAAUGUCGAGGCAGGAGAGACAUGCUGUUCCCGCGGUGACAACAUGGGAUGGCGAUAUCUUCUCUUCACGAUUGGCGGCAUCACUCUCGCGGUUUUCAUCCUUCGCUUCUUCGUGUUUAACUUCCGCGAGACUCCCAAGUAUCUCAUCUAUCGCGGCCGCGACAGCCAGGCGAUUGAGACGCUUCAACAUAUGGCAAAUGUGAAUAAGAAGCAGUGCGGACUCACUCUUGAGCUAUUUGAGUCACUUCAAGCAGAUGAUAGCUCUCUUGGAAGUGGUAAUAGCGCAACUCCUGCUUUGGGAGCGGGAACAAAACAACUCAAUAUGGCAUGGUCUCAAAAGGCUAAGCUUGAGCUGUCGAGAUACAAGAUGCUGUUUUCUAGUCCCAAGAUGACUCGUCUCACAGUUCUUGUAUGGUUGACGUAUAUCAUGGACUACUGGGGAUUUACUGUUGCAGGCUUCUACUUGCCUAGCAUCCUGGCCCUAAAGAACGGUGCCGCAUCCGUGAGUCUCAAAUCGACUUAUGCCGCUUACAUCUACACCUAUGCACCCGGUAUCGUCGGAGUACUUCUUGGUGCAACACUCUACCGCAUCCCAGCUAUUGGCCGCAAGUGGACAAUGGUACUAUCAGCUGCACUAAUGGGCAUCUCAAUCAUCCUCUUCUCAACAGUCGAUACGCGUGCCAAGAAUGAAGGACUCUUCACUAUGGAAUAUUUCUUCCAGUCCAUGUUUAACGCCGUACUUUAUGGCUGGACCCCUGAAGCUUUCCCUGCGCCAAUCCGUGGCACGGCUUGUGGCAUUGCAGGAUUUUGGGGUCGAUUGUUUGGUAUCGUGAGUCCAUUGAUUGCACAGCAUCUGUAUGGACGCACGGGUGAGAAUGGGCAAGGAGAUAUCAACAGCGUGCUAUAUCUUGCUGGUGGUGUUAUGCUGGGUUGUGUGAUUACAACAGCUCUGUUGCCAAAUGACAUGAUGGAAAGCAAGGACGAGAGAUCGUAA